GGAGCCAGAGGAACACACACAAAGAUGGCGGCCAACAAACCAGUGAAGAGGGCCGCCAGUGACUCCUGUUCUCAGCCUCCGCCUAAGAAAGGACACUGGUCUCAGGGGCUGUUGGCGUCCAUGAACGACCCCAACUUGAUCGAGGCUUCGGAUGAGCGGGUCGUCAUCAUCAAGGACAAGUACCCGAAGGCCCGGCACCACUUCCUGGCCAUCCCCAAGAUCAACGUGCCCAACCUGAAGGCGCUCAAGAGGGAGCAGAGUGAGCUGCUGCGCUACAUGCAGGAACAGUGCCACCUCCUGGCCACCAAGUACCCUCAUGUGGAGUUCAGGUACGGCUACCACGCCAUCCCCAGCAUGUCCCAGCUGCACCUGCACAUGAUCAGCCAGGACUUUGACUCCCCGUGCCUCAAGACCAAGCGACACUGGAACUCCUUCAACACCAGAUACUUCCUGGACAGUGAAGACGUGAUUCGGUGCCUGGAGGAGCGGGGCAUGGUGGUGACCAUGACGCCCAUCGCUGGGGAGAAGCUCCUGGACCAGCCCCUCAAGUGCCACAAGUGUAUCUACUCACCCCAGAACAUGCCCAAACUCAAGCAACACCUAUACAAACACAUAAACAACUAGGGUGGGGCAUGUAGUGUUGCUGGGUUGUGUUGCAGAGGGCAGAGGGGGUAAGAAUGUGUUUUUUGUAACUAUUUAUAUUCUUUAAACUUAUAUUCUAUGUUUUGAUACCUUGGAGACGUCGAAGCUAAUGCAACACUUCUAUAAACACAAAAACAAAUGAGGCGGGGAUGGUAGUGUUGCUGGGUUGUGUUGUAGAGGGCAGAGGGGGUAAGAAUGUGUUUUU